GCUCUGCCAAGAGUAACAAACUCCAGCCCUCUGCAGACAGCUAGGCGGCCACAGGGAGCUUCCCAGGGCCUUGAAGGAGAAGUAGGAGACGGGACCUCUACAGGGAGAGGGCAGGCCGGCUCUUGGGGUUGCUGAUGUGGCCCCAAGGCCGAGCCCAGUCGGGGUCUGGCCUCAGCCCCCCAAAGAGCAGUUUCUGCACUCCAUGGGGUUGUCUCUGCCCAAGGAGAAGGGGUUAAUUCUGUGCCUAUGGAACAAGUUCUGCAGAUGGUUCCACAGACAGGAGUCCUCGGCUCAAAGCCGAGAUGAGCAAAACCUGCUGCAGCAGAAGAGGAUCUGGGAGUCUCCUCUCCUUCUAGCAGCCAAAGAAAAUGAUGUCCAGGUUCUGAGCAAGCUGCUCAAGUAUGAGGCCUGUGAGGUGCACCAGAGAGGAGCCAUGGGGGAAACAGCGCUGCACAUAGCAGCCCUCUACGACAACCUGGAGGCCGCCAUGGUGCUGAUGGAGGCUGCCCCAGAACUGGUCUUUGAGCCCAUGACAUCUGAGCUGUAUGAAGGUCAGACUGCCCUGCACAUCGCUGUCAUGAACCAGAACGUGAACCUGGUGCGCGCCCUGCUUUCCCAUGGGGCCAGCGUCUCUGCCAGAGCCACAGGCACCGCCUUCCAACGCAGUCCCCACAACCUCAUCUACUAUGGGGAGCACCCUUUGUCCUUUGCUGCCUGCGUGGGCAGCGAGGAGAUUGUGCGGCUGCUCAUUGAGCAUGGAGCUGACAUUCGGGCCCAGGACUCUCUGGGAAACACAGUGCUGCACAUCCUCAUCCUGCAGCCCAACAAAACCUUUGCCUGCCAGAUGUAUAACCUGCUGCUGUCCUAUGAUGGAGGGGACCACCUGCAGCCCCUGGAGCUCGUGCCCAAUCACCAGGGCCUCACCCCCUUCAAGCUGGCUGGAGUAGAGGGCAACACUGUGAUGUUCCAGCACCUGAUGCAGAAGAGGAAGCACAUCCAGUGGACAUACGGGCCCCUGACCUCCACCCUCUACGACCUCACAGAGAUCGACUCUUCAGGGGAUGAGCAAUCCCUGCUAGAACUUAUUGUCACCACCAAGAAGCGGGAGGCUCGCCAUAUCCUGGACCAGACUCCAGUGAAGGAGCUGGUGAGCCUCAAGUGGAAGAGGUAUGGGCGGCCCUACUUCUGCGUGCUGGGUGCCAUCUACCUACUGUACAUCAUCUGCUUUACCAUGUGCUGUGUCUACCGCCCCCUCAAGCCCAGGACCACUAACCGCACCAACCCCCGGGACAACACCCUCCUCCAGCAGAAGCUCUUCCAGGAGGCCUAUGUGACCCCCAAAGAUGACCUCCGGUUGGUGGGGGAACUGGUGACCGUCAUUGGCGCUGUGAUCAUCCUGCUGGUAGAGAUACCAGAUAUCUUCAGGUUUGGUGUCACUCGCUUCUUCGGACAGACCAUCCUUGGCGGACCGUUCCAUGUCAUCAUCGUCACCUAUGCGUUCAUGGUGCUGGUGACCAUGGUGAUGCGGCUCACCAAUGCAGAUGGGGAGGUGGUACCCAUGUCCUUUGCCCUGGUACUGGGCUGGUGCAAUGUCAUGUAUUUUGCCCGAGGAUUCCAGAUGCUGGGCCCUUUCACCAUCAUGAUCCAGAAGAUGAUUUUUGGUGACCUGAUGCGGUUCUGCUGGCUGAUGGUUGUGGUCAUCCUGGGCUUCGCUUCAGCCUUCUAUAUCAUCUUCCAGACAGAGGAUCCCGACGAGCUGGGCCAUUUCUAUGAUUACCCCAUGGCACUGUUCAGCACCUUCGAGCUGUUCCUCACCAUCAUUGAUGGUCCUGCCAACUAUGACGUGGAUCUGCCCUUCAUGUACAGCAUCACCUACGCUGCCUUUGCCAUCAUCGCCACGCUGCUCAUGCUCAACCUCCUCAUCGCCAUGAUGGGCGACACUCACUGGCGAGUGGCUCAUGAGAGGGAUGAGCUCUGGAGGGCUCAGGUGGUAGCCACCACGGUGAUGCUGGAGCGGAAAUUGCCUCGCUGCCUGUGGCCUCGCUCCGGGAUCUGCGGGAGCGAGUACGGGCUGGGGGACCGCUGGUUCCUGCGAGUGGAAGACAGGCAGGAUCUCAACCGGCAGCGAAUCCGUCGCUACGCACAGGCCUUCCAGCCGCAGGAAGUCCUCUGCUCUGAGGGCUUGGACAAAGACUCAGGGGGAAAACCAGAGCGGUGCCGUCCCUUGGGCCCCCACCUGUCCUUUCCUACACCCUCCGUGUCUCGAAGCACCUCCCGGAGCAGCAUCAACUGGGAAAGGCUCCGACAAGGGACCCUGCGGAGGGACCUGCGGGGGAUGAUCAACCAGGGCCUGGAGGACGGGGAGGGCUGGGAAUACCAGAUCUGAGCGCUCACGCCCACUGCGAGCACGGAAACCAAACAGGGCAACACCAACAAGAACCGAGGGGUCUCAUCUCCCAGGUCCAAGGGGGAAAGGGGCAGACCAUGAACGCUAAGCACUUGGGGAAUUACUGCUCCAGGCCUCCAGGAUGCCUGGAGCUGGGCAAAGAGAAGCUGAGGCGACGGUCCUUCCUCCUUCUCUUGCGGAAGUCCCACUGCACGUCAGAGCACUUUAAGGACAGGUUUGCCUUCUCAGGCACCUGUCUCCACCCCUGUGUAAUAAGUAGGAAGGGAGAGAGCCCUUUCCAGGGUGCUCCAGACAGUUGAAGGGGGAAGCGCUGGGUUUAUGGAAAGGUGCCCGGGAGAGGGAGACAGGCACCUCUCUAGGAGUGAAAAAGCUGGGCUGAGUCUCACCACCUUCCAAUAAAGUCAUUUCCUGCUCCCUGUC